AUGUCUUCUCUUUUAACCUCUGAUGUACAGAUCUUUCUGGCCACUGCUGGAGAUUAUGAAGGGGUCAUGGCAAUCUCAGAAGGGAUCUACACUGGAGUGGAUUACUUGCCAUACCGAUACCACAUAUGGCUGAAGGACCCUCAGAGGAGGAUGUUCGUUGCCAAAUCAGAGGGCAAAGUGGUGGGAUUUGACUCCUUCUUAUUGGUUGAUGGUGGUGUUACAGCUGUCGUGCAGGGACUUCGUGUUGCCGAUUGGAUGAGAGGUUGUGGAGUGGCUGGAGUACUUCAAAGGUUUUGCUUUAAAACCUUACGUUCAGACCAUCCCAAUGUCACCAGAAUUCGUCUGACUAUGGUACAAAACCCACCUGCCACCAUGUUGAAUACGUACCACAUUAUUCUCUCCAAGGCUGUUAUUUCUGUAUUCAUUUCUGCUGGGGAGUUGGAGGAGACAAUCAAGAUUUUGGAAUCUCGAGUAUCCGCUACAUGUGAUAAUUGCAUUCCUCCUGUCUUCCUUGAAUAUUCGGAGGUGCACAAUUUGUUUCCUGGACGUCUUAAAGAAGAGGAUCUUCUUCCUGGAGGCUUCCUGAUGCAAGCCUGGCUGCCAAUUACCACCAAUAAAGCCAAUCUUGAUUUAAUGCAGCGCUGGAAGGUCCAGUGGUUCUGCUCAUACCCAUGUGAUGAAUUAGGUGAUGUCACUGGCUCCUCCGAAUUGCAUGAUGUCAAAGUUAGCUUUAAUGUCAAUAAUGGUAUCAAACAAACAAAUGAAACUAUAAGUAAACAUGACAUCACUGCUUCUACUUUUCCUGCAUCAUCCAAAAGUUUUUUAGGGUUUCUUAGCCUUGGAUCCCCUAUGUUUCCAGUGCCCUUAGGGGAAGGGAAGCACCGCCUGGAUAUAGACUUAUUUGGAACUGACCUGUCUUUUGCCAAAAUACAUGUACUAUACCAGUUAAAGGAGGCUGUGAAGAAAUUGUCCACUGGGGGAAGCAUUAUCUGCUUUGUGUACAUAGAGGAGAGUCUACAUGCUGGGCUCAACAACUUUUUUGAAGGGUUCACUCCAUUCCCACUCUGGAGUAAGCAACUGGUCCUAGAAAUGGACCUCACAGCUGUUAGGAUCUCCUGAUUCUAUCCUUGUUGAAGUAAUAGAUUAUGCAGGCUGUGGCAUGCUAGUAUCUGCCCUAGGACAAUGACACACUUAUACCUUAUAAACCAUGCAUGCUGCUUCUCUUUAUAAAUGAUCAUUUUUCAUUGGAAGAAAG